CUCAAUUAUCUUGCCUGAGCAAGCCGCGUCCUUCAUUUUAAAAUGUCAGGGUGAUCUCCAGCUCCAUUCAGGCGAUCAAUGCCUAGAUACUCCUGUUGUUGAAAGAACGCACCUGCAGAGGAGAGUAUGGUGCUUUUUUAAUAAUAUCGUUUAAGCUCCAACAGGGUAUUGAAACCAAGCUCCUAUGUGGGCAAGAUGGCACCCAAGGUACACAUUGAGGUCAGCCAUUUACUGGCACGAAAUUCUACAUACACGAAUAGCACAGCAGCAAGCUCCGACAAGGCAAAACAAAUCAUCACUGACGGCUAUCUUGGUGGUGACGUCGUCAUUUCAAUGGACGAUGCCAAAGAUACCACCGAAACUCCUGCAGAGUAUCUCGUGGAGGUUAUCUUUGAGGGCAAGCUGUCCACAUCCAUCCAUCUCAACAUCUCAACCCAACUCCUUCGAAUGGCCAAGAACCUCAUUCUCCUCCGCGCAUCCGACAUCCGCGAGCUCUCCCAAAUUCAAUCUCCCACCACCCGUCCACCCUCCCAGACCUUCAUCCACCCCUUCCACUUCAACAUUCCCCAAACGGCCGACCCUACCUCAUCUAAUACAGAAACCAGCGUUUCCCUCCCUCCAUCCCUCUCAUUGAAACCACUAUCCGUCUACGACUCCAACGACCUCACUCUCCACGGCCAAUGCCGUAUCGAAUACUGCCUGAAAGCCCGCCUCUUCGACCAAAGCGGAUGCAUCGCCGAAGACCAAUUUCCCGUGACAUUCGCGCCAGCUCACGAAUGUCCCCCGCCGGUAUGCAUCGGCGAUUUUCCUCGCGAAUAUACCCUUCAAUCCUCUAAUCGCGUUCGUGACCUCUUGUCACUGCGUGAUCUAUACUACCUCUCCGUCGAGACAGAAGAACCCGCCCCGCUGCACCUCAAUCGCCUCAAUACAGCAUUCACAAUCAUCCCUCUAAAACUGCGAUAUCAAUGUCUCGCCCCGUCAAAACACCAUCAUCAUCAUAAUCAACCGCAUACUCCCCCCGACCUCUUCGCCAAAAUCCGGACAACCCUUCGCGCAACGACUUUUCUCUCCGUGACAUCUCAACCCCGCGUCCCCAUCCAACUCGAAGCAAACAAGCUUCACAACUUUCGUCUCCUCGGAAAUACAAUCAAAAUCGGAUCCACUCAAACUCGAAAAUUAAGACUUGCAUCGUGGGAACGGGAGAAUACUCAUCAACUCAACCAAGACCAACCAGUGAUAUGGGCAUCAACCGCCCAUCUGAUAUUCACUUUCGAUAACGACGACUAUGUUCCUCCGACAUUCACCCAUCCGUAUGUCUCGCGACGGUAUAGUCUGUUGAUAUCGAUUGAUGUGGAUGGGGCUCGGGAUGUGAGCUUCCAGCUUCAGGUGCCGGUGCAUGUGUCGUAUGAUCGGGGACAGGGGGGUGUUUCGUCGUGUGAGGAGGGACGGGUAUACUUGGGUGCUAGUAUGGACGAUGAGGAUUUGUCGGGGGGGUGUGUGCUGCCGCCUUAUAUGGCGUAAAUAUUCUUUGUGGUUUGGGGGAAGGUUUGAUGUUGACGGGCUUUGAAGUAGGACGGAGAAGUACGAUAUGCACUCACUACUAGGGGAAAGGAGGGGGUGCAGCGAUACUCAGUUCAUUUCUUUGCCAAUCGAAAAAAAAUGGGCGAUAACUUCUAAUCAGAAA